AGAAGAGUGUUUGAAAUUUUCGGACCUAACUGGGGGGUUCCCACAAUGAGCACCAAUUAUGUGAUAUUUGACUGUGAUGGUGGCAGCGAUGAUGCCUGGGCCCUCAUGCUGUUGCUUAAAGCCGAAGCUGAGAAGCAGCUGGUGCUUUUGGGUAUAACGGUGUGUGGCAGUGGCAACACCACCCUACACAAUGCCGCCUAUAAUAUGCUGAGGAUUUUGAAGGCCUGCGGAAGAGACGAGAUUCCCAUAUUUUUGGGUGCUUCAGAUCCUUUGAUACCGCCCUUCGAUAAUGAAAGUCGCACAAUGUUCCAUGGCAAAGAUGGCUUUGGUGAUGUCUUGCCUCAGGAUGAAGAUCUGGAUGUCCAGGAAAUGGUCGAGGGUGAACAUGCUGUGGCUGCCAUACAUCAAUUCUGUAUAGAAAAUCCCAAACAAGUUACUGUGAUAGGUGUGGGUCCUUUGACAAAUAUCGCUUUGUGCUAUUCCAUGUAUGGCAGAGAUUUUUCGGAAAAUGUUAAGGAAAUUUUUAUAAUGGGAGGAAAUCAUCAAGGUGUUGGCAAUUUUACACGUUCAGCAGAAUUCAAUUUCUACUCAGAUCCAGAGGCCGCUCAUAUAGUUUUGACCAGAUCCAAAUGUCCCAUAACCAUAUUGCCAUGGGAGCCUUGUACCCAUGAAAAGUUUUUCAUAUGCAUAAAAUGGCGCCUUGAACAUUUUGGUUCCCAAGCUGCUCGUGAAAAUGGUGCCGUGGAAUUACUUAAUUCCGUAGAAGGCGAACAGUAUCUGAAACCCGGUUUUAAGGGUUGGAAUCCUUGUGAUGCUCUGUUAGUUGCUGCCUUCCUUUUCAAAUCACGUUUUGUUCGCAAGCACAGCCUAUGGCAUUGCGUUGUAGAUCUGAGUGGUCAUACGCGUGGCCAAAUGGUCUUGGAUCAUUUGCAUGAGGUGGAUAAGAAUCCCAAGAAUGUGCGAAUUAUUGAAUCUGUAGAUGCUGAAUUCUUUAAAACUGUCGUCGAAUGGGGUUCUGGUCUAAGGGAAUUCAAGUUGAGCACAUUUAUGGAAGAGGAAAAGGAGAAUGUGGUGAAAGUGGAAAAUGGAUGUUGAGAGGGAAAAUAGUUUUUAAGU